AGCGCGCAGGGAAACCCCGUGCAAGCGCAGACGCCAUCUUGGUGAGAGAGAGGUAGAGAACUGGAGCUGCCCGGGAGAGCGCACAGAGCCGGAGGGAAAGCAGCAGAGAAUAGACAAGGAGGAAACGGAGACCGGCUUCUGGAGCGAGACACGGGUACAGGCGGCAGUAUCAACAGAGAGGAGCUGGCACAGAGUCACUCGCUUGGUGAUCGUGAAUCCCGUCCGUCGGCUGCUAAUUUAUAAGAGCCAAAAUGGCAACCGCACCUUACAACUACUCUUACAUCUUUAAGUACAUCAUCAUCGGUGACAUGGGAGUGGGAAAGUCCUGCCUGCUGCACCAGUUUACAGAAAAGAAAUUUAUGGCAGAUUGUCCUCACACAAUCGGCGUUGAAUUUGGCACUCGGAUAAUCGAAGUCAGCGGCCAAAAAAUUAAACUGCAGAUCUGGGAUACGGCAGGACAGGAGAGGUUUAGAGCCGUGACCCGGAGCUAUUAUAGAGGUGCUGCUGGGGCCCUUAUGGUCUACGACAUAACUAGGAGAAGCACGUACAACCAUUUAAGCAGCUGGCUGACGGACGCAAGGAACCUCACCAAUCCUAAUACUGUCAUCAUUCUUAUAGGAAACAAAGCCGACCUGGAAGCCCAGAGGGAUGUUACGUACGAAGAGGCCAAGCAGUUUGCUGAGGAGAACGGUCUUUUGUUCCUAGAAGCGAGCGCAAAGACGGGUGAGAACGUCGAAGAUGCUUUCCUAGAAGCCGCCAAGAAGAUCUACCAAAAUAUCCAAGAUGGCAGCCUGGACCUGAACGCGGCGGAAUCCGGAGUACAACACAAACCCUCCGCUCCCCAAGGCGGGCGGCUAUCCAACGAGCCCCAGCCGCAGAGAGAAGGCUGCGGAUGCUAAUGAAAUCCUCCUCCUCCGGCGGCUGAUUCUCACCUCCACCUGUCUGUCUGACGCAGUAUUUUUUUUUUGUACUGCCCCCUCUAUCUUCUCUCCAUCCUGCUGGUCUCUAUUAAAGGUGUGUUGGGGUGGGGGAACUCUGCUAAGACGACAGUUUAACACAAUACUAAACUGCUCAAUAACUAGAUGUAUCCAGGUUAUCAAAGGCAAGUCGAGUAAUAAACACAGAGAAAAAACCUUUCCUGCAUGGUAUUAACUGUAGAAUAUAUUUUUUUUUCUUCUUAAUUGUCUUUGUGACGUCCGCAAUCCAUUGUUUAAAGAUGCGCACUGAUGCUGGACUUUCGCUGCAGGGGCUGUCUUAAGACUUUUUUUUUGUUGUAACUAAAACUUUCCUUGUGUGACUUGUAAAAAAAAAAAGAAAAAAAAAAGUCUGUCCGCGGUAGGCGAUAGUUUUAUUUACUGUGAAUAAUAACUACACGGUUAAUUUUGCUGGAUAAAAAACAAA